AGGCUGCGGUCUGAAGACACUGACGCGGCACGCCUCCCUCCUCAUACAAUGGCUCCCUACAUUGACAAUCGACCAGGCUGCGCUUGAAACUUCGCCUGAGUUUGAAUUUUCAAGUUCUCAAGACCUUGUCCUCAACUUGAAACGGUGCUGCCGCUUUAUUGCUUAAGUUGAUUCCAUCCGAUCCUGGCGCUGCGCCAGCAUGGCCGAUGCUUCCUGUGCCUGCGCUGCCCUUCCCUUGUGGCGGCCAGCCUGCCUUCCUGCCCCCUCUCGUCCUCGAGUCUCUCGUGAGGUGGGGCGCAGCCGCGCUUUGAUUCCCGCCCUUGUGCCUGCCUGGCUGCCUGGCCCCUGCUCCCCCCUUCGGACCACCCCCACCGCUCCCUGGGCCCCUGCCUGGCUGCCGCGCCCUGCGGCCCUGCCUGCCCAUGCGCACGCGCCAUCCCCCGGGCGCCUUCCCCUGGUGCGUGGGGCGGUGUCUGCCUCAGAGGCCCCUGCGGAGGCGCGCCCGCCUGCCAGGGCGGCCCCCACCACCAAGCGCGUGCUGGUGAUUGGGGGGACAGGUCGCGUGGGCGGGUCCACGGCGGCGGCGCUGGCGCGCAGGACGGUGCAGGUGGGGGAGGAGGAGCAGGCGCUGGCGGUGGUCGUGGCCGGCAGGAGCAGGGAGCGGGCGCAGCGCGUCCUCACCAGCGUGCCCCAGGCCCAGUUCCUCGAGUGCAACAUCACCGACAAGGCCUCCGUGCUGGCGGCCGUCCAGGGUGCGGACGUGGUGGUGCACACGGCGGGCCCCUUCCAGCGCGCCACCGCCCACCCCUGGGCCAUGAAUGUCCUGGAGGCCUGCAUUGAGACCAAGACUGCGUACGUGGACGUGUGCGACGACUGCUCGUAUGCGCUGCGCGCCAAGGGCUACCACGACGCUGCGCGCCAGGCGGGCGUGGCGGCCAUCACCACGGGGGGCAUCUACCCCGGGGUCAGCAACUUGAUGGCGGCGGAGUUGGUGCGCGAGGCGGGGAGGGGCACUGCCAAAGGCGAUGCUGGGGGGGAGCGCACGCCCGAACGGAUCAGGUUUUCCUACUUCACUGCGGGCAGCGGCGGCGCUGGCCCGGUCAUCCUUCAGACGUCAUUCCUGCUCAUGGGCGAGGACGUGGUGGCCUACCGCAAAGGCGAGCCCGUGCGCCUUAAGCCGUACAGCGGCGGUACCACCGUCGACUUUGGCAAGGGCAUCGGCAAGCGCGCCGUCUACCUGCUGCAGCUGCCCGAGGUGGAGUCGGUGCACCGCAGCCUGGGCGUGCCCUCCGUCAGCGCGCGCUUUGGCACGGCGCCCUUCUUCUGGAACACCGCCAUGCAGCUUGUUGGCCUCCUGCCGCGGAGUUUUCUGAACGACCGCCGCCGUGUGGCGGGCCUGGCCUCGUUGAGCGAGCCGCUGGUGCGCUUAGUGGACGGCCGUGUGGGCGAGGCGUGCGCCAUGCGCGUCGACCUCGACUGCUCCGACGGCGUGCGCGCCGCCUCCCUCUACUCCCACAAACGCCUCUCCGAGUGCGUGGGCACUGCCACCGCCGCGUUUGCGCAGGCCGUCUUGGAGGGCGCCACGCAGCCCGGCGUGUGGUACCCGGAAGAGGAGGGAGGCGUGGCCGAAGCGGCGCGGGCGCGGCUGCUGGAGCGCGCCGCGGAGGGCUGCAUCCAGUAUGUCACCAACAAAUCCCCCUGGAUGAUUGAGCGACCGCCGAAGAACCUUGGGUUUGGCAUGUACAUUGAAUGAGCUGCAGGGGGCCGACCGCAUGCCUCUGGCGGCCAGCACUAGGCAGAGAAGGUUGCUCUUGCUAGGAACAGUACUGCAGGCGCGAAUAUGAAGCCGGACCUUCGGCACGCGACCGAACAGUUCUGGCCACAAAAAUGGACCAUUGAAAGGCCGAGACACAACGAAUCGAAUCGAUUCUCCUUAGACAAUUUUUAGAAGGUACGCACAAGUGAGCGCGCUGACUAGCUAUUUUGAAAAUUGAAGGUUGCCAACACCAUUUCUCAGUGAUUGCGGC